AUGCCUCCACCCUCUCACCCUCCUGUGUCACAAUGGCAUAUCCACACAGAUACACUCCAUCAGACGGUCUCGAACAUGAGCCAUCGAUAUAUGAGUGCUCCCCCCAUCCAGGGGCGUAUCUUUCAGAUCGACCCUGGCCGAACAUUGAAGUGCUACCAUGCAAAGUGUGACAUCCAGGGUGAGAUGGAGGAGAUGGAGGAAGAACAGCGCACAAUGACAUCAGUGGAGACUGUUUCAGUAUUGCAGCUCUUCAAGGAUUUGUCUGUGCGCUGGCAACUUAUCACCAUCAUUGUGGUGAAUGCCGGAAUGCAGCUGUCUGGAAUUGAUGCGAUCUGGUUCUACACCAAUGCGAUAUUUGAGAAUGCCGGUAUUUCUGCUCAUCAGAUCCAGUACAUAACAGUAGGCACUGGAGCCAUAGAAGUCAUCGCUGGGCUCAUAGGUUGCUUCACAAUUGAGCGUGUUGGUAGAAGGCUCCUAAUGAUCAGUGGUUUUAGUUUCAUGGGCAUUUGCUGUGCUGGAAUUACUGUUUCACUAUUGUUACAGACUCAUGUGACUUUCAUGCGUUAUAUCAGUGUGGCCUGUGUGGUCGGAAUUAUUGCUGGAUUCUGCAUAGGACCUGCUGGUGUCCCGUUCCUCAUGACAGGAGAGCUGUUUAAACAGUCUCAUCGACCUUCUGCAUACAUUGUUGGAGGAUCUCUCAACUGGAUGUCAAACUUUGCCGUAGGCUUUGUUUUUCCAUUCCUACAGAUGUCAGCUGGUGCUUUCUGUUACCUGGUGUUCUGUGUCAUGUGUGUGGGCGUGGCAGUGUAUGUCUACUUCAUUAUCCCUGAGACAAAGAACAAAACUUUUGUGGAGAUCAGUCAGAUGUUUGCCUCAAGAAAUGGUUGUGAAAUUGAAAACCAAGCCCUGACUUUUGCUGACCAUCUCAGUCUAAAAAAGAUGAAUGGCUAUGGAACAGUGGUACCUGCAGAUGUGGAGAAAUAAUGAUAAAGCAGGGACAAUAUUUUAAUCUUUGAUCAGGGCUGGGUUUCCCGAAAUUUACGUAAGGCUAUGUCAUUCUUAAGUUAUACCAUAAGAGUGGUAGCGAUAUAUUC